AUGCGCCUGGCCCGGGCUGGUGACGGCUCAUUGCCUGGAGCUCCGGCAGGCUCCCUCGACCGCUUCUUCGCCGCCAGCGUCCGCGCGCAGACGGCCGAGACCGCCGAGCUGCUGCGGCGCGCGCUGGAGGCGGCGGGCCCCGCGGCGGCUGGGGCCUCGGCCGCGCUGGCGGACCACGGGGUGGAGGGCUUCGGCCGCCUGCUGGGCCUUCUGCGCGUCAACGCGCUGUCGCUCCAGGCAACGCCGCAGGAGGCCGCUGGCGUGGCGGCGGGGGCGUCCGAGGAGGCAGGCACCCCCGCGCCCUGUGUGCGGGGCCUGGCCAUACCUCUACGCCGUGGCCUCCGCGAUGAACCACGCAGAGGACCCGAACUGCUACGUGGCGAGCGACCCCGACGAGCCGCGGAGGUGCUACGUGCGGGCUGCGCGGGCCGUCUGCGUGGGCGACGAGCUGUGCAUCGACUACCUGGAGGGCUCCCCGUACGGCGGGUCGCAGCGGCGAACAUCUUGCUGCACCAGUACGGCAUUCCCGUCGGCGGGUAA